AUGAGCAAGGGAAGAGUGGAAAAAGUACAAGGAAAUGAGCAAAUUGAACCAAUAAAAUCAAAACAAAGAACUCUUUUUGGGUUUUUCUCCAAAAUCCCGACUCCUAAGAAAGAGUCUCCAUCUUCCUCCAUACCUUUGCAAAAGUCUUCCGCGUCGCCAACUGCCGGCGGUACCGGCGACGCCAAACGGAAACCAUUACAGAGUCAAGAGAAUGAAUUGCCUGUUCGUAUUCCCGAAGAAUCCCUUCAAAACACUUUUUCGUCUCAUCCAUCUAGUGAUCCCUUUUCGUCUCCAUUGUCGAGUAACGUACAGCGGUCCUCACCAAAGAGGCCUUUGGAUUCGUAUGAGGAUGGGAACACUCCCAAGAAUGUGAAUGGAAAAUUACUUCGAACUUCAGAACACAUGGAUACUGCUGUUCAUUCCCCUCCCCGUGACAACGACUCUGAUGUUUCCUUGGAUUCCCCCACCAAAAAUAAGUCACAAAAUAUUGAAUUGGAUUCCUCUUUACAGUCAGACCCUCAAUUUUUCCCUUCUAGCCAUCUCACGUUAUCUUCCUCUUCAACAACACAUGAAGACCCUGAGAAGAAAUCGAAUCCCCAAAGUGGGGGAAGGAGGUCCAGAAAGCCUGUGUCGUACCAAGAAAGUGACGAGGAGGAUGCAGUAUUGGCAGACGUGAAAGGAUCAAGAGCCAAUCGUCGUAGAAAAAUAGUACUUGAUGACGACGAUGCUGAUUUCGAAGAAUAUGUAGAGCCAGAACAGGAAAAUGAGGCUUCUUCUGAUGAGUCCAUUCCAGCCAAAGAAGAAAUACCUGAAGAUGACCUUAUGGACGAGGAAAACGAAGAGAUGGAUGACGAUGAUCAUAAUCCUCCAUUGGCAGCCCCAAAGCCAGUGAACAGAUCAAAGCCUUCAAAAUCAAUGUAUGAAAAUUAUCGUUUGGGUUCAAACUUGGCCUCUGCAGAUUUACCUUCCCCUAGAUCCGCCUCUCCCUCCAAGGCAACCGCAUCUGGUGUUAUGAAUAGAGAAGAAAAACGAAGAUUGCGCAUGGAAGCCUUUAAAAAGGAUAAUCUAGAACGCUAUGAAUGGCUUUUAGAUGUGCGUGAUGCUGAUAAAAAUCGUCCUGGUGAUCCCAACUUUGAUCCUCGAACUCUUUAUAUUCCUCCUUCAGCCUGGUCGUCUUUCAAACCAUUCGAAAAACAGUUCUGGGAAAUCAAGAAAAAUCUUAUGGACACUGUAGUCUUCUUUCAGAAGGGAAAGUUCUACGAGUUAUAUGAGAAUGAUGCCGCAAUUGGUCAUCAAAUUUUUUCUUUGAAACUCACGGACCGUGUUAACAUGAAGAUGGUCGGAAUUCCAGAAGCCAGCUUUGACUAUUGGGCUUCACAGUUUGUGGCCAAAGGCUAUCGUAUUGCUCGUGUUGAUCAGCUCGAAACUGCUUUGGGUAAAGAAAUGAAGGAUCGCCAACGAACUCAAAAAGAAGAAAAGGUUGUACAACGGGGCUUGACACAGGUUCUUACUAGUGGCACUCUAGUUGAUGAAGCUAUGCUAACAUCCGAUCUUUCCACUUAUUGUAUGGCAAUUAAAGAGCUCAUUCGCUUCGAUAGUGAUGAGCCAUCAUUUGGCAUCUGUUUUAUCGAUACUUCUACUGGUGGAUUUCAACUUUGUGAAUUUACGGAUGAUAUCCAUAGAACGAAGCUUGAUACUCUGCUGACUCAAACGCGUCCGAGGGAGCUUAUCUUAGAAAAAUCUGAAGUAUCUCAGAAAUCUAUGAAAGUGAUGAAGUACUGUGUUUCUUCAGCAGCAAUUUGGAAUUUUAUAAAGCCAUAUACUGAGUUUUGGGAUAAAGAGAGGGUUAUUCGAGAAAUUAUUUCUGCAAACUAUUUUGAAAAUGGACUAAAAGAAGCUCCCAAAGUACUUUCGAGAGUUUUAGAAACCAAAGAACUAGCCUCUAGUGCGUUUGGUGCUUUGGUUUGGUAUUUGCGUCAACUGAAAAUGGAUAAAGAUAUGUGCUCUAUGGGUAAUUUUAUGGAAUACGAUACAUCCCAACAUUCUACUUCUCUCCUUAUGAAUGGUCAAACCUUGAAAAACUUAGAGAUUUUUUCUAAUUCAUUUGAUGGUGGUGAUAAAGGUACGCUGUUCAGUCUUUUAUGCCGUUGUGUAACACCUUUUGGAAAGCGGUUGUUUCACACAUGGUUAUGUCAUCCUUUGAGGUCACCUGUUGCCAUAAAUGCCAGGUUAGAUGUGAUUGAACUAAUUGCAGAUAAUCCUUCCAUUAGAGACACGAUAUGGGGCUUCAUGCAUAAACUUCCCGAUCUUGAGCGAUUAAUAUCGCGAGUCCAUGCUGGAAGAAGCAAGGCAAGUGAUUUUGUUCGUGUAUUAGAAGGAUUCCAAAAGAUAUCUUUAGCAUUUCAACAACUUCAGUCUGAAUUUCAGGAUAUUGCUAAGGGUACUUUAUUAGCACAAUUGAUAGAAAAUGCUCCCGAUAUGCAAGAAGAACUUCAAUCUUGGACACGUGCUUUCAACUGGCGGAAAGCAUCAGAAGAAGGCGUGUUUGUCCCAGAACCUGGUUUCGAAGCUGAAUAUGAUCAAUCCCAACAAUACCAGACUGAGCUGAAAUCUGAGCUGUAUGAGCUAUUAGAGCAGUAUAAGAAGCAGCUUCGUUGCUCUUCUCUUAAUUUCAAGCAUGUCGGUAAAGAAGUGUAUCAAAUAGAGGUACCUUCUGAUGUCAAAGUACCAGUAAAUUGGUGUAAAAUGUCAGGCACGAAGAAGGCAAAUCGCUAUUAUAAUGACGAUUUGAGGAAAAAAAUUAGGAAGUUACUCGAAGCUGAAGAAGUUCAUUUGUCAAUUAUGUCGCGAAUGCAGGACAAGUUCUACACAAGAUUCGAUGGUAAUUAUGAAAAAUGGCUAGCAUUAAUCAAAUGUACUGCUUCUAUAGAUUGCUUUUUCAGUCUUUCUCAGGCUGCUGCUGCGUUGGGUGAGCCCUACUGCCGACCAGAAAUUGUUGAGGGUGACAAAGGUGAAUUGGUAUUUGAUGAGUUAAGGCACCCAUGCAUAAACGCUACGGCUGCCGCUACAUUUGUACCAAAUGACGUUACACUAGGUGGGAAUUCAGCCAACAUGGUGGUCCUGACUGGUCCCAAUAUGGCUGGUAAAUCUACACUGCUUCGUCAGGUGUGCGUAGCAGUCAUCAUGGCUCAGCUUGGCUGUUGGGUACCUGCGAAAUAUGCUAGAUUGACUCCUAUGGACAGUAUUCAUACACGAUUAGGUGCCAAUGAUGAUAUCAUGUCAGCUAGAAGUACCUUCAUGGUGGAGUUGUCAGAAACUAAAAAAAUAAUCGAAGAAACUGGACCAAAGAGUCUAGUUAUUUUAGAUGAGCUUGGACGUGGUACCAGUACGCAUGACGGUCAUGCAAUAGCGUAUGCUGUUUUGCAUCAUUUGGUGUCCAAGCUCGGUUGUCUGGGAUUUUUCUCCACACAUUAUCAAAGUCUCUGUAUAGACUUUAUAAAAUAUAAACAAGUUCGGCUUAUGCAGAUGGCUGCAGCUGUCGAUGAGGAACAUCGACGUGUUACGUUCCUUUAUAAAUUAGAGGAUGGUAUUUGUCCAAAGUCUUAUGGUAUGAAUGUUGCCAACAUGGCUGGAUUGCCGGAGGCAGUUAUCGAUGCAGCAGAACAGAAGGCCGAAGAUAUGGAAGCAACGACAAAAAGUUUUCAUAAAGCAACAGAUGACAUCGCUCUGGUUAGUGAUUUCUUUCAAUUAAUGCGUAUCAAUGAAGGAAAAGAGCCAUCGACGAUGGCAAAUCUUCCCUUGAUGCUUGACUGUAUAGCAGGAGACAAUUAA